GCGCGCGCACACACACACACCCUCCCCUCCCUUGCAGUGGUUGCAGUGAAGCUGCAGCAGAGUCUUCAUCAUCUUCAUCAUCAUUCCACCAUCUUGCCUUGUUCUUUACGUGACAUGAUUGACACACAAACAUGAACUUCACUCUGCUGCUUCCUCCUUAAAGCAGCGACGUUAGUCAGCGUUAGCACGAGAAGUCACGUAGGUUCUGUCAGAACACACAGGAAGAAGAAGAGGAAGAGGGGGAGGUCCUCACCAGGCUGAAGAGCGACAUUGUCAGGGAGCCCCGCCAGCAGCAUGGACGAGGCGCAGCGGGCAGAUGUUGAGCACGGUGCCGUGACGAGCCAACCGGGCAUCGAGGAACAACAAGCCCCACCCCCAGCGACAGACAGCUGGACCAGCAAUGGUGCGGAUCCAGUGACAACAGCCAACUUCCUGCCCCCGGCCAGCCAAUCGGAGGCCAAAGGUGCACAUGCCAACGGUCGGGAGGGUCUGGGCAGCCAAUUGGCUUUGACGACAAACGGUUCGCCACGGCCGUCGCUCAGCCAGCAGCCCGGUGCCGUAGAGGCGGUGGAGGGCUCCAAACCACCUGACUACCUGAUCCUGGCCAUCUUGUCCUGCUUCUGUCCGCUGUGGCCAAUCAACAUCCUCGCCCUCGCCUUCUCCGUCAUGUCUCGUAACAGCCUGCAGCAGGGGAACAUGGACGGCGCUCGCCGCUUGGGCCGGAACGCCAUGGUACUGGCGGUGGUCUCCAUCUUGGGAGGAACUGCCAUCAUCGCAGCCGCCAUCGCACUCAACUGGGGACUGAUUUUAAAGUCUGGAUAGGACGUGGAGGCCCCCUGCUGUUCCUGCACGACGAGCAUGUGCGCCUGACCUUCUACCUCUGACAAGAUGGCCGACUGAGUGGCAUGAAGCCUCGUUGCCAUGGCGACACACGUUGACGCUAGCCUUGUUAGCAAGUCUGCAUGCAAAGGGUUUGCAUGACUGAAAUAGCUACUAUCACAAAUUGUUUACAGAUUUUUCUGUAACCACGGCAACCAGAGGACGCUAGCAAAAUGCUAAUGUUGAAAGGAAGCGUGCAUGUUUACAAUAUUUAUCAUACUAGCACUUGAUAAUAAUCAGUUCAUGAAGUAACAGUGUUGACGCUUGACAGCGCCUUUGGGGCGAGGUAAGGAGGCCACGCCCCAUCUCUUAGCCCCUCCUCCAGCAUAUGUAGCAUGCCUGUUUACAAACAAAAAUAUGCAAGCAGAAGAUAAGUCUGUGAAUAUUCUCAUUCUUGCAGGUCAUUGUAUUCUCACGGCACUGAAUGCACCACAAUCGGACUGUUCAGGUUGUCUUAGAAGAUGUUUGGUUUCUCAUCAGAGCAGACUUAUUUACAUCAGUUCAUGCUUAAUGACUUGAUAGGACAGCUCUAGUGUGAGAGCGUGGUGCAAGAUCCAACUCGGUUAUUCUCUACCUGCACCUCUUUUCAGGAAAGAAUGUAAAUGUUGUGGACAACAAAGACAGGUGGUUGUACGUUCAAGCUUAGGAAGCAUCUCUGAUCAGAGGGAGAGGUCUGCGACACAGCCUCCUUGCCACAUCCAAUGCUGCCCUGGUGUCUUUUUUCAUCCAAAGAUUCAAUCAUUUAGCCUCGAAAAAAUAAACAAGGCACAGGUUGGUUUAAGGCGUGUCAAUAGCCGUCGUUACGUCUGAAUGGGAUGCUAACGAGGGGAUUCCACCCAAACGUCCGUCGUUGGCUGCCGGAUGUCUCACUCCAUUGUAUCCUAAGGACUGUCGUUGUGCUCUACAAAAGGGUGAAGCUGUUUGUGUCUGGACAUGACUCCUCCUUUAAAGGAUUAAAACUUUGGAUUCUGCACCAUCCUGUCCUACAUAGUCAUUGAGCAUGAACCGAUGAAGCCUGCUCGGAUGACAUCUUCCAAGAUGUCUUCCAAGAUAACCUGAACAGUCCAGUUGGCAUCCAGUCAACGCUAAUGUUAGCGGCACCAUGGCUAACUUAAUGCUAGCUCGAUGCUAACGUGUUGCUAUUUCUUUUAAUGUCAUUAAUAAUGAUUUUAUGGAAUUAAGAUGGAUUUCAUUUGCUACCACGUGGCGUAAUAUUUAACUGGCAUCACCAAUGAUUGCACUAAACCACAGCAAAAGUCUUUGAUUUGGACAUUAUUGAAAAUGUGACCUUUGUAUUUCUAUCUUUGUAUUCUCUUUUGUACUUCUCACGAGCUGCUUCCUGGUUGCUGCAUGCUUAUUAUGGGAUGUCCAUGCAUGCUGCAACUGUGUGACACCUUUGUAAAAUUUGAAGAAAAGAAAAAUCUUUCCUGCCACUUCGCACCUGCUUUACUUUCGCCUCUCAUCACAAAGUCCGAAGGACAGCCGCCAGUUGCCAUGGCAACCCUUGUUCCGGGUACAGGCGGGUUGGAGGCAGGAGAUGGAUGACGGAAAGAAUGAAAAAAAAAAUCCGUUUUAUCUUCUCAUCAAUAAUUCAAAGACUUCCACUAACAUUUGGGACAGAAAUGAAGUGAUUUGAGAUGGAGAUGACAUAAGACAAAGUAAUAAUACACGACACGACGCGAAAAAACAGAAAACAUGAGACGUGGAAACAUGACAUGAGAAAACGCGAGACAUGACAAUACAUAACGAGACAACAUGAGGAAACAACAUAAAUGACAUGAGAAAUCAUGAGCAAACAUGACAUGAGAAAUCAACAUGACGAGAAAAUAUGAGACAACAUGACAUAGGAAAACAUGAAGCAACAUGAGAAAACAAAAUAUGACAUGAGACAACAUGAGAAAACAAAACAUGAAAUGAGACAACAAAAAGUAACAUGAGAAAACAAAACAUGACAACAUGACAUGGGAAAACAUGAAGCAACAUGAGAAAACACAUGAGAAGACAUGACAUGAGACGGUUUGUGGCUUUGGCGGUCACAGAGGCAAAAACUCAGACGUGGGAGGAGUUUAGAGAAGGCCUGGAGAACGACUUCAAAAGAGAUUCUGGACCACCAUCCGCCGUCUCAGUCAACACCGUGCAUGGUGGGGAUGGUGCCUGGGGACCACAAGGUUGCCGAGGUGGUGGUUUAAGAAGGGGGACUGGAGGGUGUGUUCCACCUAUCAUGGGAUCGCAUUCCUCAGCCUUCCUGGUAAGGUCCAUUCGGGGGUUCUGGAAAGGAGGGUCCACCAGAUAGGUGAAUGUUGGAUUUAGACAGUGAGCAGUGUGGUUUUCAUCCUGGGCACGCCUGCAUACUGUAGGACUUUGCCCAACCAGCCCACGUUUAGUGGACUUUGGCCGUGUUCUUUGAGGAAUCUUGUGUAGAGUACUUGCCGCGCCGCCCAAUUCGGGCGGUCUGCUCCCUGUAUGACCGGUGUCAGAGCUUGGUCCAUAUUGCUGGAAAUACAGUAAGUCGGACUCGUUUCCAGUGAGGGUUGGACCCUGCCAGGGCUGUCUCGGGGGGGGCAAGGUGAGGAGCGGUCGGUAGCGGAGGGAAGACGUGAAAAUGGAGGAGAAUGUAAGAGUUGUCGCUCCAAUGAGAAAUUUACAUUUCACUAUGGGAAUGCCUUCUUUGUAAGCAGUUUGCUUCGCACCGAAGUUUAGCCAACCACACAGGUGCCAGAGCAAAACACCAAGGGUUUGCAACACUUUCCAAAAAAUUAUGAGACAUAACAUACUACUAAUGUCUAAAAUCUAAAAUAAAGUAUAUUUAGUUAUUUCACACUUUUUGGUUAAGUACAUAUUUCCACGUGUUCAUUCAUAUUCAUUCAUAGUUUUGAGAAUCUCCCAUGUAAACAGACAUGAAAAUAAA